AUGUUCCGCUCGCGGCAGCCGGUCACCACCUUGAGGCAGUGUGAGGAGAACUUCAAUGACAUCCAACUUUUCAUUAUUCACAAAAAAGAAUGCAUUCCUAUCACCACUUCAGCAGCUCCGAUGGUGGCUGAAACACCUUCAACACCAUCCCUUGCAACAGAAGAAACGGCUGUCCAGAUUCCUGAUGCCUUGGAAUAUACAGCAGUCGAGGGUGCAGUAAACGUUAAUGUAGAUUCUGCUGAUUUACUCUCUCAAGUGGCUCAGGCAGCCAUGGUAACUGGAGACGAUUCAUCUAAUACCAAAGCUGUUGUGAUCAUCACUUCUCCAGAGGCUGCCGACACCACAGCUGCUGUACAGCCACUUCUUGAAGCCUUGGAAUCUGUCAGCGUCGAUCAGCUGCAACCAAAGACAGAGAUAUCAAAUGCUUCCACUGUCAGCACUGUUACUACUCCAGCUGUAACUACUACAACUUCAACAACUACUACUGCUGCUGCGACACCUAUCACCAGUAUCAUUACUACGGCUACCACCUCCACUACCACUACCACUACUACUAUGAUACCCUCUACCUCAACAGGUCGGCGUCGUGGUCGACCACGCAAAGGAGAAGAGAAAAAUGUCCAGAGAGAUGCUGUACCUAAAGAACCAGAGAGAUUACCAAUUCCUGAUAAAGGCAAAGAUGGCAGAUAUCACUGUGCCAGAUGCAAGCGAGCUUUCACCAAGGAGCGUUAUUUUAUCACACACAAAUGUCUAGCCUCUUCUGAUUAUGUUGAUAUCUCUAAGAAAGAUGUGGUCAAAAUCGAAGGCGAUGAGAGUGAAGAAGAACCAGAAGAAGUGGUAGCAGUUGGAGAUCAGGAAGAGUAUGAAGCUCAUACCUCUGAAGAAGAUGAAGGUGCUAUUACUGACCUUACUGCAGCUGCUAUUGCUGCUACAAGCAUACACCCUAAUGACACAGCUGAUGUUGAGAGCCAGUGUUCAGUACAGAUGUCGGCCAAUACUGAUAUAGAUAGCAAUGAAGACAAGUCUAAGAAUCACAUUCAGGACAUACCUGUCUUUAAUACUGAAGAAGAGAAAGUAGCUUUUGAGCGAAGCCUUAAUGUUGACUUGAGUGGCGUAGAUCACAUGUUUCGUGUGCAUGUUAUUGAGCAGGACUUAAAUGAGAAUGCACCAGCUGCACCACGUGCAGGGACUUUUGGCCUAUCCUUGUACUCCUGUAACACAUGUGACAAAGUGUUCAAAACUUUGUCACAUAUGCGACUACACUGUCUUAUUCAUACUAACCUAAAACCAUUCAAAUGCUCCAAGUGUUCAUAUGCAUCUAAUUCUAAAGGUAACUUGUAUACGCAUAUGCGUAAACACACAGGUCAGUUUUAUAUCUGCUCCAAGUGUCCAUUCAAGACUGUCAAUAAGAGUCAUCUACUGGAGCAUGAAGCAACCCAUAGCAAAGUUCGGCACCCCUGUGAAAUGUGCAAGAAGGACUACAAUACUAUCAAGUCACUCGUCAAUCAUGUACGCAAGUAUCAUAGCUCGUCAAAGAAAGGCAAAGAAUACUUGGCAAAAUUCUUGCAGGGGCGCCAAGAUCGUGGCACCACUGUCAUUCACCAAUGUCAUGUAUGUAACCGUAAAUUCAAGAAGAAGAUUGACUGUGACCGGCAUUUGUUUGUACAUGACAUUAAAGACAUUCCCAGUGUGCAGCAUUGUGAGUUGUGCGACUAUUCAGCUAGUCGAAGGAUUUAUCUAGAAAAACACUUCCUUAAACACCGGGUUAUUUAUUGUUGCUGCUUGUGUCAGGACAAGUUCUUAAGCACUGUUAGACUAUUAGAGCACAUUAACAGUACUCAUGUUGAUGAUAUUUCUGAAAGGACAAAUGAGAGUAUUUUUGAGCAGAGUAUUGCUUCAUCACUUUACUUACCUGAGCCUGAUGAUACUUUGCCUGACCAGGACAAGGAGUUUGACAAUUUACCCCCGGAGUUGUCUGCUGUUGCCAUGAAUAACACCAAAGAUGAUGGAGUGACAGAACCAAUGGAGACAUCUUUGACAACAUCUUCCACUCAAACAAGUUCUGCUCCAGGUUCUUCAGGAUCUACAACUACAAUGACAAAUUCAGAUGUGAUUUCAGACAGAGUUAAUAUGUCUGGGGACCCCAUGGAAGUAGAAAUGCGUGAAGAGACAUCUAAUGCUGCAAAGGAUGUUGAGGCCCUGGGAGAGAAUUUGCAAGAGCCAAAUGAAAAGGGUGUAAGUGAUAUGGAUACUUUUGAAAAUGGUGACCUUGGGAAUGUAACGGUCAAAGUAGAAGCAAAAGAGAGAAGUGAUUAUUCCUUGAAUAUUACAGAUGGAAAUGAGCUUAAAACAGCAAGUGAGAUUGACACUGCUGCUGGAAAUGUUAUGACUGAUCAGGAAAAUUCAAAUUCCAAGAGUGAAAAGGAUUCUUCUACGUCUGUUUCAAACACGGUGAGGGUUGGAGAAGAACGUUUGAAGCUUCAAAACAAUAGUUCAGAGACAGGAGAAAUUGAGAAUGGGGAAGAUCUGCCCAGUGAAGAUGAGGAUGCAGGCAAGUCAUCCAAGGCCUCGGAUAUUAUCAAGAGGCUUGGUUAUCGCCCUCUCUCUUUGGAAAUAUUUCAGAAGAUGAGGCAGACUUUUGGGACUGAAGAAUGUGAAUUCUGUGGACGUCUUUUCUACAAUCGUGCUGAUUAUGAACCACAUGUGCGAACUCACACAGGAGAUAAGCCAUUCCAGUGUGAAGUUUGUGACUAUCGAGCCAUCACUCGUGACAAUUUGAAACGUCAUGUAGAACGGGAACAUGACAAGGUGACCUUCCCCUGCAAAGAAUGUGAAUUUGUUGCAAAUAGUCGAACCCAGUUGUGGAACCAUCAGCUGAAACAUCGAGGUAUCUCUGGUUUGGAAUGUCCACAGUGCCAUGAGAAGUUUGAAAACUUGAAGAAGUUACGUAAUCAUAUUCUGCUGAAGCAUCCAAUGAUGAGCAAAGACGAGAUACAACGAGUAACUGGGCUGGGGCACCGAAUACAGAGAAAGAUGGGUCGUCGUUCAUAUAAGUGUCCAUACUGUGACCGUGUUUUCAUUCGUGCCAACUCUGAGUUACGGAAACAUAUCUGGAUACAUGAAGGGAUCAAGCCAUUCCGUUGUCCUCUCUGUCCACAUGCUUGUCGUAGCAAGAACAAUUUGCAAGCACAUAUGUUGCGGCACUCCAAUGAAAAGCCAUUUAUGUGCAAUGACUGUGGCAAAGCAUACAAGUCUAAAACUGCUCUCCGGUGGCAUGUUCGGUCACACAAAGAUGGCAAACUCUUCAAAUGUGAUAAGUGUUCCUAUGAAGCAACUCAGAGGAGCCACUUGAAGCGACAUAUGGAAACGCAUGACAUUGUGAAACGUUAUGUAUGUCAACACUGUGAUUAUUCUGCUAAUACCCUAGGGUAUAUGAAAGUUCAUUACACUCGCAAUCACAAAGGCAUGCAAUACACUUGCAAUACAGCCAUUGAGAAGAGUACAAACACAUCUGAUUCCAGAGUAUACCGUUGCCUUAGCUGUGACUAUUUAUUUGGUAAUUUGUCUGACCUGAAACGGCACUUACGGAUUCGACACCAUGUUCAAGUGCAAGAUAUCCAGACUCUGGAGAAUACAACAGCAUCAGAACUGGUUUUCCAAGUGAGUGAAGAUCCUCCCGUAUAUACAGAAGAAGCCAAUACAGUACCUCAAGAACUUGAUGAGAAAACUGCUUCAGCUGUGAAUAUUUUACAACAUAUUAUAGAUAUGUCUCAACAGGGAGCAUUUGGCCAACAGCAAAUAACUGUGCAAUCAGACAGUGGUCAGAUGGUUACUGUAAACCCUGAAACAAUCAUUGUACAAGAGGAAGGACAGGAGGUACUAGUUGCUGAAGGCAACCAGGACCUUGCAGGCAAUCAGUUUGUGAUUCAGUAUGUGACGACACAAGAUGGGUUUCUCGUGUUCCCCCCCUCUCUCUCCCCUCUAGCUUCUCUUGUUCCUUAUUUUCAAUUUCUUCUUUCAUUUCUUUUCCUUGUUUUAAUUCAUUCCAGUCUCAUUUCUCUUUCUGUUCUCUUUUAUCCAAAAAUUUUUUUGCCUUUCAGUCUGUUACAUUAUGACAAACUUUUUUUUCUUUUGCUUUUUAAUUUUCCUGGUAAUGUCUUUUUCUUCCUCGUCAUCUUUUUUUUUAAUUUUCUCCUUGUUUCGUUUCCAUCCUUUUUUUCUCUUAUGAAUUCAUCCCCUUUCAUUCUUUUUUUUUUUUUAACCUCUUUUAUCUACUACAUUUUCUACCUGUCAAUCUUUUCUCUUUGUUUCUCAAAAACUUUUUCUUUAUCUUGUUUUUUCUCUACCCACAAGAUAGAGAUUUACUACCACUUCCCCCCCCCUUUUUUUUUUUCCUCUGUCUCUAUAGCCUCAGAAGGGCUGAAGGACAAAGACAACCUGAGGUAG